GCGAAGCGAACGAGCACGAAGCCCGACCACGUCCACAUGCACGUACGCCUCGCCAGGCGGCCGAUAAAUAGCACCAGCGCGCGGAUGCUUGCUGGCCACCUACCGCUCCCUCCCUCCCUCCGGCUGUACCAAUCAUCCCUCGUUGUGUCACAGCGCAACGUCAAGCCGGCAGGAGAGGCGAGCCCGGACAAGCUAGCUGCGCAACCACCGAUCCCAAGGCAGAAGGCGGCAGCCUGAUCGGUCAUGGACAGGCUGAUGUGGACAUCGACGCCGGCGGCGGCGCCGAGCUGCGGCGGCAAGAGGGGCGAGGGGGGCGGGCCGCACGACUACUCGCUGGGCACGGGCCCGCUCGUGGGGCAGCUCGGCGAGUGGCUCUGCCGGGCCGUGCUGCAGCCGCCGGCGCCGCGGGUGUGCGGGACGCCCGGCGGGCCGCCCGUGACGGCGCGGCGGGUGCGGCUGAGCGACGGACGGCACCUGGCCUACGAGGAGUCCGGCGUGCCCAGGGAGAGCGCGCGGUACAGGAUCGUCUUCUCGCACGGCUUCACGGGCUCGCGCCUUGACAGCCUCCGCGCCUCACCGGAAGUGGCUGAGGAGCUGGGCGUGUACAUGGUCGGCUUCGACCGCGCCGGCUACGGCGAGAGCGACCCGAACCCGAACCGCUCGGUGAGGAGCGCGGCGCUGGACAUCGAGGAGCUCGCUGACGCUCUGGGCCUCGGCGACAAGUUCUACGUCGUCGGCUUCUCCCUCGGCUGCCACGCCGUCUGGGGCGCGCUCAAGUACAUCCGCCACAGGAUCGCCGGAGCUGCGAUGCUGGCGCCGGUGGUGAACUACUGGUGGCCCGGGUUCCCCGCGGAGCUGGCGGCGGAGGAGUACGGCAAGCAGGAGUACGGCGACCAGUGGGCGCUGCGCGUGUCGCACCACGCCCCCGGCAUCCUCCACUGGUGGAUGGAGCAGAGCUGGCUGCCCACCUCCACCGUCGUCGACAACACCACCCACCUACCCAACAAGCGCGACGCAGAGAUCCGCCGCACCCUCACCGCCGACGGCACUCUCCAGAAAAAGAGGGAGCUGGCGACGCAGCAAGGCAUCCACGAGUCGUACUACCGGGACAUGACGGUGAUGUUCGGCAAGUGGGAGUUCGACCCGAUGGGCAUGCCGGAGCCGCCGUGCCCGGUGCACCUAUGGCAGGGCGACGAGGACGGGCUCGUGCCGGUCGUGCUGCAGCGGCACAUCGCAGGGAAGCUCAGGUGGGUGAACUACCACGAGCUCCCGGGCACCGGCCACUUCAUGUCCGCCGUCCCCGGGCUGGGGGACACCGUUCUCCGGACACUUUUCGGUUGAGCCGCCGCAAAGGCGUUGUAGUAUCAAGAAAGUACAUGAGUGUUGGUUUUAGCUUAGCAUGAUGCAAAGUACAGUACAGUGUUUGAUUAAGUUGUCAUGAAACAUGGGGACAUGAGGCAGCUUGUAGAUUUUGUUCUUUCUUUAUUUCUUUUUUAAUGAAAUUUUGCGGCCAAGAAGCCCUGCAAAGUGAAAAAAAAAUCUUUAGCAGAAAGUGAUACUAUACCACUCUGAUCUUUUUUUCAA